CACGCAGCCAUUUCUGGACGGUCACGAAUCUCGACGGAAACUCGAAGUGCCGCAUCCUCACGUCCGUCUGUCUAUCAUCGCCUCAAUCCGCCACCCGACCCGACCACAACACAAUGCUGUCCACGAGAUCGGCGCCGAAGCAGGCCGUCGGCCUCUCACGGACUGCCGUGAGAGGUCUGGCCACCGUCCAAGAUGCCCCCCCGGUGCGGCGAUACGGCGGCCUCAAGGACCAGGAUCGCAUCUUUCAGAAUUUGUACGGACGAUACCCUCCCGACCUCAAGAGCGCGAAGAAGAUGGGCGAUUGGCACAAGACGAAGGAGAUUAUCCUCAAGGGCCACGAUUGGAUCAUCAAUGAGGUCAAGACCUCCGGUCUGCGAGGACGAGGAGGUGCUGGUUUCCCCUCGGGUCUGAAAUGGUCAUUCAUGAACUUCAAGGACUGGGACAAGGACACGAAGCCCCGAUACCUAGUCGUCAAUGCCGAUGAGGGCGAGCCCGGAACCUGCAAGGACCGAGAAAUCAUGCGAAAGGACCCACACAAGCUCGUCGAGGGCUGCCUCGUUGCCGGCCGAGCCAUGAACGCGACCGCUGCCUACAUCUAUAUCCGUGGUGAAUUCGUCCUGGAGGCCGAUGUCCUCCAGAACGCCAUCAACGAAGCCUACGCCGAUGGCCUGAUUGGCAAGAACGCCUGCGGAUCCGGUUACGAUUUCGAUGUUUACAUCCACCGAGGUGCCGGUGCCUACGUGUGCGGCGAGGAGACUUCUCUGAUUGAGUCCAUUGAGGGAAAGCCUGGCAAGCCCCGUCUCAAGCCCCCGUUCCCUGCUGCCGUCGGUCUCUUCGGAUGCCCUUCCACUGUCGCCAACGUCGAGACUAUCGCCGUCGCCCCUACCAUCUGCCGCCGUGGAGGAAGCUGGUUCGCCGGGUUUGGCCGUGAGCGAAACCAGGGCACCAAGCUCUUCGGUAUCUCCGGUCACGUCAACAACCCUUGCACCGUCGAAGAGGAGAUGUCCAUCCCUCUCCGCGAGCUCAUUGACAAGCACUGCGGUGGUGUCCGAGGCGGAUGGGACAACCUCCUGGCCAUCAUCCCAGGUGGUUCCUCUACUCCUAUCCUGCCCAAGCACGUCUGCGACGACCAGAUCAUGGACUUUGACGGUCUCAAGGACAGCCAGUCCGGUCUCGGUACCGCAGCUGUUAUUGUCAUGGACAAGAGCGCCGAUGUCGUCCGAGCCAUCAGCCGUCUCAGCCACUUCUACCGCCACGAGAGUUGCGGCCAGUGCACUCCUUGCCGAGAGGGCAGCAAGUGGACUGAGCAGAUCAUGAGCCGAUUCGAGAAGGGUCAGGGCCGUGAGCGGGAGAUCGACAUGCUCCAGGAGCUCACCAAGCAGGUCGAAGGUCACACUAUCUGCGCUCUGGGUGAGGCUUUUGCCUGGCCUAUCCAAGGUCUUAUCCGUCACUUCCGACCCGAGCUCGAGGCGCGGAUGCAGAAGUUCGCGCAGGAGACUGGUGGUGAGGCGUUGGCGGGCGGAUGGGAGCACUCAGCAAAGGCUCAGGGAAAGCUGAUUUCCCCCGGUCAAUAAUGGUUUCUUGUGGGGAUAAGAGUCUGCGUCUAGAGCGGAGGAUAGGUCGGGCAGCCGUGUAACUAUGCAAACCUGCCUCCCGUAGACGCCCUGUGUUAUAUUUACUUUGUGUUCAACGGCAUGUUGAGUCGUCAAGACGAUGCCCACA